AUGACUUGUACAAGUAAAAGAAAUUCUGCAGUGGCAACUCAGAUUGCGUUUUGCCCUGAAGGUGGAGUCUGCAAGCAUGGAUUCCUCAUCAAAUCACCACCUCUUCAACUUUUCAGCUCACAGAAUUCCUGGAAAAGGCGUUUUUUCAUCCUGUCCAAAUCCAGCAAGGGCAAUUACAUCCUGAAGUAUCUAAAAGGCCGGAACAUAAAAGGCUCCAUAGCUGUUGAUCAAAUCAUAAAUAUCGAAGUUGGCGUAAGCAAUUCUGAAAUUAUGGAAACAGUGAGGAAGAUGUUUAAAUGCCUUCCUGAGCAGGUGAUGUCCAUCAGUACUAUAAACAGAUGUUACUACCUCAUUGGGAGCAGCAGGCAGGAAACAGAGGACUGGGUUACUGUGAUAUCUUCAGUCUGCACAGAUGCCAAAAGAGGAGGAUGCUGCCCUCAGAACCAGGAUCUUCCAAAUCCGGAAGUCAGAAGCCGGCCCUCCUCUUUACCACUAUUCUUGAAUUCUAUAGAUACAAUCAGUUUACCGGAAGGACAAGGUCACCAGAAGGAGGAUGGUUCCUCAGAAGACCAGAACAGGCCUGUUUCAGAUCCUGGCCCACAUCAGGCUCCGUGUGACUCACCAAGAGGAGAUUUUCCAAGCCUGGCCCAGAUCUUGGUAACUCUUUGGUCAGCAGCCGUUACUCAUGCAAACAGGCCUCUCAAUGCCAGGAUAAAAAUCUGGGAAAAGGAAAAUCUGCUGUUGUCAGACACAGAUGAAGACAUCAAAAAGGAUGAAGAAGAUUAUUACCAAACUCCUAGCAGUAUUUUAGCAAAGUGCACUACUGAAGUAUCAAAGCCUAUCAAAACAGCUGGGUCUGAUGUCGCUGUGCAAGAGAAGCCAGUGCAGCAGAACCCAGUAAAGGAGGACAUUUACGUGUCAAUGAAAUCACUUAGGUUGCUGGAUGAGAGUUGCCAGCUCACGUGGAGACAUGAUGGGCUCCCGUCUCCUCCCCUAUGCCAGGAAGACAGUGCAUGUCCAAGAGACUUGGAAGCAAACAGAGACCUAAAAUUCCCAGAAAGCAGCAUCAGCCAGCAGACAACCCUCCAGAGAAGGGAAAAUUCAUUACCCCUUUCGGUGGUUCAGUUGUCUAUACUGCUCAGUCAAGUUACAGAUGAGACUAAGCUGCAGAAGUUGGAUAUUUUCGUCCCCCUGGCUGAUAUUAACAGUCACCUAAGACUUACUGAAGCAGCAGGACAAAUAUGUGUCUCACAGUGGACUGGUCCUUGCCGACUGGGAUGUUUGUUUAAUCAUGGAGACCAUAUAGUGGCUGUGAAUGAUCUGCAACCCCAGGACGUGGAGGAGGCUUACUUCUUUAUCAGCAGGUCCACAAGAAAGGAGGUGAAACUUACUGUGUGUAGGAUUCCACAUUCAGAUAUCUUCCAUGUUAAAGGCUGCUCAUGUUCCUGA